AUGUCUACGGUUACAAAACGUUCUACAAACGAAAAUGAAAUUAGCACAGGCUCAAACAAACGAAAUCGCCGUAGUAUAACCUGUCUAUUGGAUUUACCAGUCGAAAUAAUCCUGAGCAUUUGUCGUUAUUUAUCACCAAUCGAUGUUCUUCGUUCAUUCUAUACGCCUGAGCAACCACACAUUCACUUGCAUCGCAUUAUUCAUGAUUAUUAUCAAAAAAUCAAUAUGCAUAAACUAUACAACAAAGAAUGGAUUUAUUUGUCUGAAGUGUUAUCGAAUUCAAGCCAUCCUCUCCUACCGCAUUCAUUAACUCUUAGCAAUGAAUAUAUCCCCUGUAUAACACAAUAUUUCUUCUGUAGAUUACCUCCCGAUAUAGUCUGCUCAAUCUUUUGGAAUUUAAAACACUUGACAAUGCUACAUUGUUCUCCUAACGAUUUGCUAAUUCUCAGCGGAAAGGGUCAUCUACUGCCAGCACUUCAACAUCUCCACAUCAGUGUUUCUGGACGCAAGUUGAGACAUGACGACGACGACGAAUACGAUGAUGAUGAUGAUACUAAUGAGUCAAAUCAACAAAAUCGGUACGACCUCGACCUACUUUAUUUUAUAUUCAGUGAUCAAAACUCUCUUUUACAAAACGUUGUCUUUGACUUUCCUGACGGACUGAUACUGAAUCAAUUGUUGUCGCCAAACCGAUCAAUAGCUUCGAUCGAUUUAGUUCUAGAAACCAUCGAUGAUUUGUAUGUAUUACUUAACGGACUUGCACCACAUGUCGAAACGAUGGCUAUCAAGUUACGUCGAUCACGAAUACUUUCAAGUUUCCUCCCAAAAAGUCAUCCACCAUGUCGACAAUUAAAGCGGUUCACGUUGUUAGAGACCGGUAUCGACUUUUCCAUGACUCAUUUGGAAUCAAUUCUGACUUUUAUGCCUUUCGUACUCAAAUUAACAUUGAGCAUACGCAAUACAAAUGAUAUCACAUUUUGCAAUGGUCCAACAUUUGAGUCAAUUCUACACGAUUACUUACCAGAUCUCGGCCAAUUUAUUUAUACAAUGACGCAUCAAAUGAGGGAAGAAACAUCAGUUGGCAGUUUCGAUCGUUGGCCAAUGAAUGUCAGUUAUUACGAAGAAGAUCAUGAAUGCUGGCUCCAUAUGUAUUCUUUACCGUGGCCAGUCAAUAAAGACGACCGUAGGACAUUACCGAUUGUUAAAGAUCCAUUGAACCGAAUAGUUCAAUCAGGUAUUGGACCGGAUGAAUGCGUCAAUGAUUUCAUGAUUACCAAUGAUCAUCAAUGGACGGAGUUGGAGACACGAUUUCGACAUGUUCGUCGAGUACGACCGUACUUGCCGAUUAAUAUUUUAUUACCAUCGAAAAUUACGAACGUGACUGUUCCAAAAGAGAUCAAGUUCAGUUCAGUCGAUGCAAUCGGUCAACCUUUUGUGCGUAGUCUAGUAGUCGGACGUCGUGUGACGAAUGAUACAGAGAUCUUCAAUCUCGCUCAACAAUUUCCGAAUGUUGAAUUUUUAAGAUUGCACUUUCCGUCGGAUAAAUCAUUAUGUGUGACAUGUUUUCAAAUGUUAUUUAGCGUUCAUGAAAAUCUACAUGGAAAUCGCAGUUUUUGGAAGAACUUGAAACGUGUAUCUGUGGUCUUGACAAGUCAAAUUAAGUAUCUAAUCCCCAAUGCCACUGUUACUACAGUUGCAACUAUCAAAACACCUGGCCUCGAUGAAUAUUACGACUCAUACAACAAAUAUGCUGAAACGCUAAAUUGCCCAUGUUCAAAAAUAUCAAUUUUGAAUGAAAAAUUAAUGAAUGUGAAUGAUUGGGGUAUAUAUAUAUUUCAAGCUUUGGCAUCUGUAUGUGAACUGCUCAAAUCAUCAACCAUUGCUGACUUUCUCUCGUCAUUGUACAUUGUUAAAGACACUUCUCAGAUCAAUGGUUUGUUGUCAGUAUUGAGAACGAAUGGAAUAUUCAAAUUUCCGCCUGAUGGGCAGAUAGUCAAUAUAGAGUUUGCCAGUUACAACGGUUGUCGUUGCAUAAACAGUUCUGAAUGCGUUGAAUCAGUAUCGAUUUAUGAUGAUAUUGCGGCUAAUCGGAUAUUCGUAGCUCCUGGCAUGUUCAGAAAUUGUCAAAUUAUCGCAGCUUUAUUACAAUCAAAUCUCGCCUGUUUCUACGAUGAACUAUGCUUCGACGAACUUGUGUCACACAUAAAUUCAAGUUUAUCACUGAACAUGACAAGAAUGAAUGCAUCUGCCGUCAGUCGAUUCUCAACCAACAGUACAACUCGCGAAUUGUUAAAUGAACUAUUAGUAGAAGAAUGGAAUAUAUUAUCGAAAUUCGCUAACUAUUUCAAUGAAUGCCGUCCAGUGGAAUGCACUUAA